AUGAUGCCGGAGUCGUGCUUGGGAAUAGCUUUCGUGGUGGUAGAUUAUGAUGCAGACGAGUCUACGAGAAGGAACGUUGAGGACGGAGGCGAUAGGCCGUCCGUCGAUCGCUACGCCCCUGGGCGUUCGGUCGCUGCAAGAAACAAGCAGCAAAUCAAUGCUGGAAACAUUGCUAAAUCUGACCCGAAUGAUGAGGGUGGACCCGAAAAAAGUGCUAUAAAAUGGCGCACAAGAGUUGACUGCUCUCUCGACAUGAGUGAGUGCGAACUUUACUUCAACAAACAGGCAAAGCGAAACUAG